GCCUGACCGAUGAAGACGAGCAGCUGGCACGUCCAGAGGGAGCCGGCGAUGAGGCGGAAGAUGGUGCGGAAAACCAGCCAGGUGAGCAGCAAGUCGCUGCCCGAGCCACUGACCAGGCCAAGGACAACAAAACCGAGGAGAACGACAAGAAGCCCGUGUCGAAAGGCAUGGCUGGAACCAAAGUGCCGCAAAACUUCAAUGAAAUGUUCACCUUCAACGCCGCAGUCAUGGGCUUUUCGAACAGCCUGGCUUGGAUGAAUCCCGUGCUCGAUCAGUUCGAGGCGAUGGUCAUGAAUGCAGCGAAUUCGUACAGACUACAGGAGGAGUGCGAUGUACUGUCCCUGGUACUGGUGAAGUACAAGGAGACCAUCAUCUACUCGGAGUUUAAGGCUUCAUGA